GGCGCACGCCGAGACGGAAGAGGCGCGGGCCGGGAAAGGAGCUGUCUGGACGCUGCGGCGCCUCGGUCCCCAUGGCGCUGUGGCGCGGCUCUGCGUACGCCGGCUUCCUGGCGCUGGCGGUGGGCUGUGUCCUCCUGCUGGAGCCGCAGCUGCCCGGCUCGGCGCUGCGCUCGCUGUGGAGCUCGCUACAGCUGGCGCCCGCGCCCCCGGGACCCGGCUCCCCUGAGGGCCGCUUGGCGGCCGCCUGGGACGCGCUCAUUGUACGGCCGGCCCGGCGUUGGCGCCGCGUGGCCGUGGGAGUCAAUGCCUGUGUGGAUGUAGUGCUCUCAGGAGUGAAGCUCUUGGAGGCGCUUGGUCUGAGUCCUGGGAAUGGGAAAGAUCACACCAUUCUGCAUUCAAGGAAUGAUCUGGAAGAAGCUUUCAUUCAUUUCAUGGGGAAGGGAGUGGCAGCUGAGCGCUUCUUCAGUGAUAAGGAAGCUUUCCAUGACAUUGCCCAAAUUGCAUCAGAGCUCCCAGGAGCCCAGCACUAUGUAGGAGGAAAUGCAGCUUUAAUUGGACAGAAAUUUGCAGCCAACUCAGAUUUAAAGGUUCUUCUUUGCGGUCCAGUUGGCCCAAAGCUACAUGAGCUUCUUGAUGAUAAUGUAUUUGUUCCACCAGAGUCAUUGCAGGAAGUGGAUGAGUUCCACCUUAUUUUAGAGUAUCAAGCAGGGGAGGAGUGGGGCCGGUUAAAAGCUCCCCAUGCCAACCGCUUCAUCUUCUCCCACGACCUUUCCAACGGGGCCAUGAAUAUGCUGGAGGUGUUUGUGUCUAGCCUGGAGGAGUUUCAGCCAGACCUGGUGGUCCUCUCUGGAUUGCACAUGAUGGAGGGACAAAGCAAGGAGCUCCAGAGGAAGAGGCUCUUGGAGGUUGUGACCUCCAUUUCUGACAUCCCCACUGGUAUUCCAGUUCACCUAGAGCUGGCCAGUAUGACCAACAGGGAGCUCAUGAGGAGCAUUGUGCAUCAGCAGGUCUUCCCCGCGGUGACUUCCCUUGGGCUGAAUGAACAGGAGCUGUUAUUUCUCAGCCAGGCGGCAUCUGGACCUCACUCGUCCCUCUCUUCCUGGAAUGGUGUCCCUGAUGUGGGUAUGGUCAGCGACAUCCUCUUUUGGAUCUUGAAGGAACAUGGGAGGAGUAAAAGCAGAGCCUCAGACCUCACCAGGAUCCAUUUCCACACGCUGGUCUACCACAUCCUGGCAACCGUAGAUGGACACUGGGCCAACCAGCUGGCAGCUGUGGCUGCGGGAGCUCGCGUAGCCGGGACACAGGCCUGCGCGACAGAAACCAUAGAUGCCAGCCGAGUGUCCCUGAGGGCGCCCCGCGAGUUCAUGACUUCCCACUCAGAGGCCGGCUCCAGGAUCGUGAUAGACCCCAGCAAGCCGGUCGCAGAGUGGCACAGGGAGGGGGUAUCCUUCCACUUCACACCAGUACUGGUGUGUAAAGAUCCCGUUCGAACCGUGGGCCUCGGAGAUGCCAUUUCUGCCGAAGGCCUCUUCUAUUCAGAGGUCCGCCCUCACUAUUAGGGAGGUGGCCGUUUCCCUGAGGAGAGCUAGCCGAUGUAAGAACUACAGGCAAAAUAGGAUGGAGGGUGUCAGAACAGUUUCUAGAGCUAAUUGAAAGAUAGCCAAAGAGACAACAGAUUAAACUGUAUCAGAUACAUUCCAGCCUGUUGAAGAUUUCACAAAAACAUUUCAGGUUUUAAUCAAAAUUUAGCUGUCUACUAACGAGACUGGAUUUUUGGUUUUUUAUGUUGUGUGUUACAGGGGUAAAACUUGAUUCCCAUAUUCACAUUUUACGCAGCCUUGCCAAGUAUCUUAGGCCAGACUUUGCCCUGGAGAGCAUGUCAGCUGGAAAAAGCACUUCCCCUGUUGCCCCCCGAGGAAGCGCAUGCUCGCUCACCCGAACUCCCGGUCUCCAGUAAAGCCCAGCGUGAGGGUCCCGUG